CAAUCCUGCCCAACCUGUUCCUCCAGGCCCCAGGUGCUGUUCCCAGCCAAGCACCCAGCACCGCAGGGCUCAGGACGCUGCAGUGGAGGGCAGGCAGGAGAGGAAGGGUGGCUGGCACAGCAGCAGGGAUGCUGAUGUGACCCGGGCAUCCCGGUGCCAAAUCAGGAGUGUGCCACCCCCCUCCCCAGCAUCCUUUGUGGGGUCAGCUCAGUUAGGAGGAUGCUGGUGCCAGGCUGAGGGCGCUCAUGGAGGUGCAGCACCGCUGGUGCUCAGUCUUAAUUCACCCACCCUGGAGUGGAUCCCUGGGUUGGAUCCUGGCAUCAGCACAGUGCUGGGAUGCUUCUCCUCCUCCUCCAAUGGUUUCUUGUAGCACAGAGGCAGUGAAGGCUGGUGAGGAAGGCCGGGAGCAGCACAACAGAGCUGAACCCUCUGCACCUUCCUCCCACCAGGAAAUUCCCUUCAGAAAAGCCCAUUUUGUCCCCAAAUAGUGCAAACAUGCACAAGGAGCACCCUGAUGCCCUGCAGCACCCAGCCAUGGUGCCAUAGGGAACCCCUCCACGGUGACUGUACCCAUCCGGCGCAGGGGACUGAUGUCAGGGCUGUCUGCCUGGGUCAGCCCUGCCUUCCUGGAAGGCGGCCUUUGAAACCAGCCCGCAUUUCCUCAAAGGCUCCUCAGGGGAAAGUCCCUGAGGAGCUGCUCCCAUGGCCGGGGCUGCCGCUGCCUCCAUAAAGCCCCGGGCAGGCAGCACCGGACCUGACAGUGCACCAUGGGCAACUGGCUGGUCAACCACUGGUUCUCUGCUGCGGUCCUCUCCGCCUUGGCAUGGGCUCGAGCAUCAGCCAAGUGCCUCAACUUCAACAGCAUGCUGAUCCUGCUGCCCGUGUGCCGCAACCUCCUCUCCUUCCUCCGCGGGACCUGCUCGUGCUGCCGGCGGACACUGCGGAAGCAGCUGGACCACAACCUCACCUUCCACAAGCUGGUGGCGUACACCCUGGCCCUGCUCACAGCCGUGCACACCAUUGCCCACCUCUUCAACCUGGAGCGCUACAACGGCAGCCAGCAGGCCACGGACAGCAGCCUGCCCGCUGUCCUCUCCAAGAUGCACCUGCAGGGCAGCAACAAGUGGCUGAACCCCAUCCACUCCAACCAGACGACCGUCGAGUACGUGACCUUCACCACCAUCCCAGGGCUGACAGGGGUCAUCAUCACACUGGCACUCAUCCUCAUGGUCACGUCCUCCACCGAGUUCAUCCGCAGGAACUACUUUGAAGUCUUCUGGUACACGCAUCACCUCUUCAUCAUCUACUUUGCUGGGCUUGUCAUCCAUGGCAUCGCCGGGCUGGUGCGUGGACAGACAGAGGAGAGCAUCAAGGAGGUGCAUCCACACCACUGCGCCCAGUACCUCACACACAAGGACAAGCACUGCAACCAUGACUGCUGCAAGGACCCCGAGUUCGGGAGCAUCCCUGCCGAGUCCUGGAAGUGGGUCCUGGCCCCUGUCCUCCUCUACAUCUUCGAGCGGAUCUUGCGGGUCUGGCGUGCGCGGCAGAAGGUGGUUGUCACCAAGGUGGUGAUGCACCCUGCUCGCGUGCUGGAGCUGCAGAUGCAGAAGAAGGGGUUCCGCAUGGAAGUGGGGCAGUACAUCUUUGUCAACUGCCCCUCCAUCUCCCUGCUGGAGUGGCAUCCCUUCACCCUCACCUCUGCGCCCGAGGAGGACUUCUUCUCCAUCCACAUCCGAGCGGCUGGAGACUGGACCGAGCGCCUCAUCGACACCUUCCAGCAGCAGAAGCUGGAGAUGCCCAGGAUCGAGGUGGAUGGUCCCUUCGGCACAGCCAGCGAAGACGUGUUCCAGUAUGAGGUAGCUAUGCUGGUGGGAGCAGGUAUCGGUGUCACCCCUUUUGCCUCCGUCCUGAAGUCCAUCUGGUACAAGUUCCAGCAGGGUGACCAGACCCUCAAGACCAAGAAGAUCUACUUCUACUGGCUCUGCCGGGACACAGGAGCCUUUGCCUGGUUCAAUGACCUGCUUGCCUCGCUGGAGCAGAAGAUGGCCGAGUCGGGCAAGGCUGACUUCCUCACCUACCGCCUCUUCCUCACUGGCUGGGACACCAGCAUUGCCAACAACGUGGCGCUGCGCUUCGACACUGCUGUGGACACAGUGACGGGGCUCAGGCACAAAACCAUCUUCGGGCGGCCCAUGUGGAACAGUGAGUUCACAGCCGUGGCUGCAGCACACCCCAGGUCGGUGGUUGGUGUGUUCCUCUGCGGGCCGGGGGCCUUGGCGAAGAGCCUGCAGAAGUCUUGCCACCAGCACUCCAGCCUGGACCCCAGGAAGGUCAAAUUCUACUUCAACAAGGAGAACUUCUAAGAGGCAGCCAGAAUGGGAGCCCCGCGGGCAGGGGACCACGCAUCUCACCUCAUCCCCCGUGCCUGGGGUAAGCAUCUCCUGAUGGGUACAUGCACUGAAGCCAGGCGAGACAAGGCAAGAAUCCUUCUCCAUGAGAAACUUGAGGGUCAAAGACUGCUCGGCAUGGAUCCCCAUUGAUAAACCAGAGGCACAUGCUGCGAUGAUGCUGCUGCAGCAGUGGGAAGAAGCAGGAGCACCCAGCAGGCUGGGCAGAACUGUGGGACGGGGAGGGGACAUGGCUGUGCUGAGCAGGCACUGGGGAUAAGCGUGUCCCUCCGGGUUUAAGCAGUCCUCUGCGUG